ACGAUUGUCCGCCAUGUCCCACGCCGCCCCGCCACCCAUUCUGUUGGUGGCGCCCAGGCGGGCCCUAGUGGAUGAGGUGAUCAGGGUGCGGGUGGACAAUCUGCCCCCCGGCGCUCCGGUGACCCUGCGCUGCCUGCACCAGUCGGAAGACAAAGACUACUGGGAGGCUUACGGGCACUACGUGAGCGACGCCACGGGAUCCGUGUCUGUUGCAGACGACGUGAGCUUAGGCGGAACUUACAGAGGAACAGAAGUUACGGGUCUGCUGUGGAGCAUGCGGCCCGUUCCUGGGAGCCGCACGGGCCUCAGGCUGCGGAAGCGCAACGUGUGCACCCCCAUGGCCUUCACCAUCUCCGUGUACGACGGCCACGUGGACCGCGACUUUGGAGACCGACGCCCCCUGGCCGAGGAUCUGAUGGAGAGGUGGUACAUGGCACCGGGCGUCAGCAGGGUGGAGGUCAAGGAAGGGGGCGUACGAGGGACCCUCUUCAUCCCGCCAGGUCCAGGACCUUUCCCGGGGCUGCUGGACAUGUGGGGAGGCGGCGGGGGCCUGCUGGAGUAUCGCUCGGCCUUGCUGGCGUCGCACGGCUACGUCUCGUUUGCGCUGGAGUAUUUUGCGCCCGGCGAGUUGGCGAGCGCCGAUCUGGAGUUCAAAUACUUUGAGACGGCCUUUGAGCUGGUUCGGCGCCAUCCGGCCGUCAUUCCCCGCAAAGUGGGAAUAUUUGGCCUUUCCCUGGGCGCCUUGGUGGCCGUCAAUAUGGCGGCCGAGAGCACCGUCGUCAAGCCCGCCUGCUGCGUUUGCAUCAGCGGCAGCCAUUAUUUCCCGCGCAAGACGCACCUCAGCAAAGUCCACCAGCCAAUAGCCCCGGCCUCUCGCAAGGGGCGGAUGGAUGAGGAGCAGAAUCUCAUCUGGCGAGACAUCUCCCUGCCCAUCUCCAGCGACCUGUCCCGCAAAACCGACGUGAGGAGAAUAAACUGUCCCGUCUUGCUGGUCAUCGGCCAGGACGACCAGAAUCAUCCGGCUGCAGAGUAUGCAGAGGAUAUGGCGCAGAUGAUGCGCUCGGUCGGGAAGGCACACCUGCUGACCCGUCUGGAGUACCCCGACACGGGACACCUGAUCGAGCCACCCUACUCGCCUCACUUCCGAGCCACCAACUUCAUGUGGAAGGGCAAAGUCACCCUGCUGUGGGGCGGCCGGAGCAAAGCCCACUCGGACGCCCAGGAGGACUCGUGGAACAAGAUGUUGGCAUUUCUACGGCGACAUCUCUACUCGCAGCAGGUUCCCGAAGCCAGGAUGUGAAUGGCCACAAGGGGGCGCCAACCCCAAAAUAUCAGACGCUCAACCUGGACAUGCCCUCAGCGCAGCGGAAAAGUCAUUUUGUUUCACGGCAACUUUUAAGCAUUAAACGGUUCAGAAUUGCCACACCCACCCUGGCAGCAAAGCCCACCUUUUAUUUCAAGUCAAGCGCCACGACUCACUUGAACCGUGUUGCUUGACAACAAAAUACCAUAUGAAUACUUUGAAAGCUUUUAACGCAAAACAAGAAGUUGCAAAACACACAAAUGUGGCCCUUCGGCAUCCCCAUCAUUCUCGGAGACGCUCGCAUUCAAAUCUAGACAAGUCCUUCUCCCGUCAGUGUUGCACUUGCAAGUUGCUGUGGCGGAAGAAACACGCUUCCUUUUUGGGGUUUGCCUGCAUAAAUUGUUGCAUUGUGAUCCAAUUUUUAGAUGAGCUCCGCCUGCUUUUUUUUUUUUUUUGCCACAAAACGUAUUUCUGGUACGGACAACAUUUGCUGGUGUGCACAAUAUAAAAAGUGGCAAUAUUAUCAGACAAACUAAUGUGCUUCACUUCUGCUCCAAUCGUUGUUUUUUGUAAUACUGAUUGAAUUGUUGCAGUUUGAGGAGUCACCGCUAGAGGGAGACUAAGUGACGUGCUCGACUUUCUAAUAAUGUAUCAGUUGAGCAAUAACACAGGGACGUUGUUGUGUUGCUCUUGCACAUUUGCGUCGUCCGCAUGAACGCAGAAACGCGCCGAAAAUGUCCUCUCGCCCCCGCCGGAGAGUGAGAAGAGCUGUGAAGGGAAGCAUUGUGAGCAUAUGAAGGCUGACUUGUUUUGGGCAGGAGAAGAAAAAAAAAAAAAAAAGGAAACGCGCA